GACAUUUGGCUGCGGGGUCCCUCUGGAGCUAAACAUGUGAUUUCUGGCGUGAGUGUAGGCUACUGAUAAAACAGACAUGAAGAGAAACAGCGCCAAUGACACUACAGCUGAGGGCAGCACGCCGAAUGCGGGUGCGCAAGGCGGGAAGAUGGACGUGCGUGGUUGGGACGCAUCAAGCCCUCCUGCGCCAUCUGGCAACGGAGAGCUGGCUCCGGAUAAACAAGGAGCAGUCGCACAAAUUUUAGGAGAAUGUGAAACAUCCGGCGGCAGCGUAACUUCGGGGCCGCACCGGAGCUCCUCGCAUUCCGCAAAAGACGUCAUCAGUUUCGUUCACACCGGAAGUGACGUGACGGACGUCAUCCGGUCCGGAAUCGUCAGCAGAAUUCUGGCAUCCGUGAGUGGGCGAGAGGCGGACUACAGCUCGGCGGGCUUGGAGCUGCACAGCUCUCCGAGUCAACCACGAUCGCCGUCACGCUUCAAGACAUCGAGCCUACGAGCAAAGCCGGAGUUUGCCGAUGUUGUUUUGGACACCAUGAAAGAAAAACGGAAACUCCAAACUCAGAAGGUUUUUCCCAAGGCGAAUCCGAAGUCUCAAAAAUUUGACCUCGACUCGUCCGUCGGUGAAAGUUCAACAUCCGCUGGGAGGGUGACCCGUGUCCACUCAUCACCUCACAGCCAAAGCGCCACGACCACGUUAAGCGAGAACAGUCCAUCGGCUGAACCAGUACGCGGCGCAGCAGAGGGUUACUGCAAGGAGACUCACAUUUCUAAAGGCGCGAGCCUCUCAGGGGAGGAGCGGAAGUCGGAAAGGCUCACCUCCAUUCAUUUAGGAUCAGGACAACGAAGUGACAGAAAACAUUUAGGGAGGCAUGUCACAACUUUGGAUGUCAACAGCAAGACCAAUAAAACAGUAGCGCACCCCGCGAAAUCCCAGGUCAAACCUUUAAGGUCUGGCCAUGUGUCGGGUGAAAGCGUCGUCCAUACGCAGAGCUCCUCCUCGUCGGAUAAGAAAAGGAACACAUCCUCAGUGCGUGCAAAACAGAAACCCUCUUCAGAAAUUCCCCAGAGCAUGAGCACAGAUUCCGGAAUCGGCAGCCCCACGGACGUCACGGGGGGCGUCGAAUUAAUUGGCAACACCGAGGGCGUGGUGAAUAGAAUGGGGCGAGGGGAGACCCCCGAAGACUCUUCGUCCAUGCAACUUGUCUCCCCUGUCCCAUCUCAUAAAUCACCAAAUUACCCCCCCUGCGGUGACCCGAGCGAUUGUUACCCGUCUUCAAAUUAUCAUUCCCUCCUCGCAGCUUCUGGUUGGUCGUCAUUUCCAGGCACUCAACGCGGGGCAGACGACAGCAAUUCUGGGGGUGUUGACCCUGUCGUCGAUGAUGUCACAUCCGGGGUGUCUGGUCCCGGGGACUCGCUUCACCGCGAUAAUUGUGACAAAUCCCAGCCUUUGGUAAACACAGACCUUCCUUGCUCGCGUCAUCACAGCGACAGCUCUACAGUUGGUGCAAGCAGUGCGCCUGUCCAUCCGCCCAAUAUCUCCUUGCAACCGGAAGUUAACGAUAUUCCUCCACCGUUCACUUCCCCCGAGUCAGGGACGACGUCGAGCAGAGACGCGACGCCAAAUAACGACACUGACGCUCAGAUAAACGGGAUAAAAACUCACACUUCUCGCCGCUACUCUCGUCCCUCCAUCACCGAGACCAACUUGGAGUUGGUGGCCGACUUGAUCCACGACGAUACCGUAGCCGGGUUCGCUGUCAACGCCUUUCUAAAAACCAUAUUAAACAAUCAGACCCACGGUAAUCGAAUACACGGGAGUGAAGAUUUGAAUCCACAGACCGGAUUAAACGCUGACAAGGUGAGUCACUUAAACGUUAGGUAAAAAAGUUCAGGGUUCGCAUUCUUUUAUUCUAUAUCACGUCAGAGAUUUCAGAUUGGUUUUAAUCGCUGGCGCCUAAAGCAUUUCAUGCUGUAGUAUUACAUACAGACAUUAUUUCAUUACAGACAAUGCCCCCUAAGGGAUAUUUUAUACCUAAAAUUAAACUAUUUUGUUUUCUGUUUGGCAUAAUAGUAUUUUUCAAUGCAUAAAGAUUUAGUUAAUUAAAAACAUGUCAUCACUUAUUGUAUUCAUUUGAAUAAUAAACGGUAAUUUCCACUUUAAAUUUCUUUAAAAUUUUAUUAAAAUGCAUAAAAGUAACUAAAUUCUCUUUUUUUUUAAAAAUAUAAUUUAAUGACUAGGUCUUUCAAAACUUGAUGUAGUUUAAAUUUAAACUCUGUAUGAAUAAAACCUCAAGCCUAGAGCAUGAUUUCAUAAUGUAAAUAAAUUAUAUAAUCUUCUUAGAAUCUGCACCAUCUUUCCAAGCAACGUGCACCACUCACUUCCCUCACACCACCGACCCCCCCCACCCACCAACCCACAGAAAAAGCCAACAAGCUAAGAUCAAAUAUUUCUUUUACAUAUGGUUUAUUUUACAUGUAAAUCAUCCGUAGAGGUCAGUGAACGAAUUGCUGCGCUGAAAUGCGCUCGAGAUAGAACAACAAUUAUCUAGAAAAAGCACAAUUUUUUUAUUUUAUUUUUUUGUUGAGCUGGGCAACACGCUUAUGAUUUUAAUGUCAACAUAUCAACUUUCACAUGAUGAAGUUGACUCAGGAGUAAAUGUCGGGUGCAACGUGAUUUUUGGCUUAAUGUGCGUUCUAAAAUAAUGGUCAGUUACGACACUAUGCUUUGACGUGGUGUGCAUUCUAACACCAUGUUUUUGGUGUUGUUUUUUUUGCGACACUAUGCUUAGGCUUGUUGUGCAUUCCAAACACCAUGGUCUGGUGAGACCCAAGUUUUGAGAUUUUUUUUUUUUGGCGGCCAUCUUUUUUUUCGUUCCCUUUUCAAAAAAAAAAAAAAAAAAACCAACCCACGUACUUCGGAUAAGUUGCACGGUGAACCAUCAAAUUCUGAUAAAUUAAAAGAAUGAAAUAGCGAAACGAGGUAUGUGGACGCUUGAAAUAAGAUAACAGGACAAAAAACAAGGACGUUUGGGCAUAAAGCCUUCCUCAGCCAACAAUAGAAAUAUAACAUUUAUAUGUUCAUUUCAUUUCUAUUGUUGGCUGAGGAAGGCUUUAUGCCGAGACGUCCUUGUUGUUUGUCCUGUUAUCGUAUUUCAAGCAUCCACAUACCUCUUUUCGCUAUUUCAUUCAUUUACUAAGCUUGAAAGCAGUCCUUUCAUUUAUUUAAAUUAAAAGAACCUUUCAGACUGUGUUCGUCAUCAAAGCUCCUUAGCAUUCCGCGAUGAUGGAAGCUGUUGAAUAUGAUGUCAUUUAAAUCCAACUGUGUUUUCUUUAAUUACACAUUAAAAAAGGGUGUUAAAUGUUAGUUUUUUUUUUAAAAUAAACUUUCUGAUUGCCUGCUUCUGUUCAGAACUUACUGGUUACAAUAGGGUAGUUUGUUAUUCUACACCUUGUAUUAAAAAUGGGAGUUUUAAUGAUGUAAUAUAAAUGCUAAUGUUAGUUCCAAUCAAGUGGGGGGGGGGGGUUACAUUAAUGGGUUAUCUCUCAUCGUUUUGGGGGAAAAAAGGUGGGGGGUAUAUGUGUGGAGGCACGGAGGGUCGGGGUAGUACCAAAGAUGACGUUUUAAUAGGGUAGUUUGUUAUUCUACACCUUGUAUUAAAAAUGGGAGUUUUAAUGAUGUAAUAUAAAUGCUAAUGUUAGUUCCAAUCAAGUGGGGGGGGGGGGUUACAUUAAUGUGUUAUCUCUCAUCGUUUUGGGGGAAAAAAGGUGGUGGGUAUAUGUGUGGAGGCACGGAGGGUCGGGGUAGUACCAAAGAUGACGUUUUAAUUCUGGAUUGAUAGAAGUGUUCUAACGACCAACUUGAUUGUUAAUAGAAGAAUAUCCUUUGGCAUUUAGCUUUAUUUGUCAUGGAAUUAAACUUUAAUAUAAUCUUUACUAUUUAUGGUUAGAAGACUUCUUUAGCCGGCAUUGAUCAAAGUUGUCGUACCUAUCAAAAGAAUAUGCCGAUUAAUACUCGUUCCAAACACUGCGAAAUAAUAUUAUUAAAAUUUUUCCACAUAUCUUAAAUAAAUAAAUCCAUUUAUUAAAAUGCACGUUGCUAAUCUCCGAUGCGGGAAAGAUCCACAGUUUAGCCACAUGUGGUUGAAGUUUUUGGGUGUUUGUUUUUCUAUCCCUUGCAUCAAUGACGGGCAAGUGGAAGAAAUAGUUUUAGAACAGUCCUAUGCAUCUUAAACAUGAGACGUGUGUUGAUCUUCCCUGUGCACUGCAUCAGAAAAAAAGACAUCUAGGAUAUAUACUAAAGCACACGUAUUUAGUCGUGUGUGUGUGUGUGUGUGCGUGUGUGUGUAUGUGUGUGUGUGUGUGUGUGUGUGUGCGUGUGUGUGCGUGUGUAGUCAGUAGUUGACACGUGUUCUUGGUCGCGUGUUUUCAAGUGUAUUGAGUGUUGUGUAUGCACGAGCGUUUGGUUAACACGAAACAGCCAACAGGUGACAAUAGAUUAAAUGUUAUUUUUCCUUCAGACCACCGAUUCGGUGGAUCAGGUUGAAGACGGUGGACCAGACUGGAGGGUUGAAUUUCACCCCGAGGCCACGGGCGUGGAUAAAAUUGCCCCGGAGAAGCCUGUUAGAAAAUGUCCAACAUUACGAGACGUAAGUAGAACAACUUAGGAAUCUUACUCCUUGUUUAUAGAUUUUUCUUUAUUUUAAUUAUUUUAGUCCUUAAAAACUCAAAAGAUCGCUGUUCAGCCGUCACACGCGAAGUUGACCAAGUAGCAGCCUUGACUUUAGUAGUAGCCUUGGCUUGAGUAGCAUCCUUGACUAAGUUAGUAGCCUUGACUUGAGUAGUAGCCUUGACUUGAGUAGUAGCCUUGACUUGAGUAAUAGCCUUGACUUGAGUAGCAGCCUUGACUUGAGUAGCAGCCUUGACUUGAGUAGUAGCCUUGGCUUGAGUAGUAGCCUUGACCUCAGUAGCAGCCUUGACUUGGGUAGUAGCCUUGGCUUGAUUAUUGGCUUUGACUUGGGUAGUAGCCUUGACUUGGGUAGUAGCCUUGGCUUGAGUAGUAGCCUUGACUUGAGUAUCAGCCGUGACUUUGGUAGUAGCCUUGGCUAAGUAGCCGCCUUGACUUGAGUAGUAGCUUUGACGUGAGUAGUAGCCUGUACUUGAGUAGUAGCCUGUACUUGAGUAGUAGCCUGUACUUGAGUAGUAGCCUAGAGCAGUAGCCUUGACUUGAUAGGUAGCCUUUACUUGAGUAGCAGCCUUGAUUUGAGUAGCAGCCUUGACUUGAGUAGUAGCCUUGACGUGAGCUGUAUUUUGUUUAAAGUGAGUGAGAGUUGCAUAGCUCGCCAGCCUCACUCUUGGUUUGUUUGAUCCAAUGGGGUGCUCGUGAUUAUUUUUUUGCUUGCUCGUUUUCUUGGGGUUAACCUCCAGUCCACUGGCUUGGGAUACACUCAGUUUAGACCGCUAGGCCACCAAGUGUCAAGCUGGCUGACACUAAAAUAUCUCUCAAAUAGUAUUGUAUUAGCCUUUUGGACCGCAAACAGGAUUACAAAACCCAGAACUAUUCAUGCUUGACAUCAAACAUGGAAGCCAUAAAUGGAACAAUGCACCUCCCCACCCCUUGACAGAAAAUGGUCAGUUGGGGCGAAAUGACACAAACCCCUCCCCCCCCCCAACCCUCUUCUUGCACCAGUGUAUCCUUGGGAAUCCACAAGGUUUAAUCUGUUAUAAUACUGCUCUAAAUAAGUGUCAGUAAAUCAUCUGUGACCAUUUCGGACAAUGCUCGGUCUGAAAUAUCUCCAAAAUGGAUUAAGCCUGGGAAAAUUAACUUUGGUAUAUAGGUAAUUAAACACAUAAUUCUCUCUGGUAAAAUGUUAAAAUAUUAUGGAAAUGUAUUUAUUUUAAGUAUUUUGUUUCGCUUGCUUUCAACAUAUAAAAUGCUGUUAGCCGUGUUUUUCUUUGUGAUCGAACCCCCCCCCCCCUUUCCCUUCAUUCUCUCUGGUAAAAUGUUAAAAUAUUAUGGAAAUGUAUUUAUUUUAAGUAUUUUUUUUCGCUUGCUUUCAACAUAUAAAAUGCUGUUAGCCGUGUUUUUCUUUGUGAUCGAACCCCCCCCCCCUUUCCCCUCACACAUCCCACUUUACAAAAAAUAAUUCAUUUAGUUACUGCGUAUUUAACCCACAAUCGCUUUAAAUAAAAAAAAUGAAAGCCACAUUAAUAUUUAGCGAAAUAUUUUUUUUUAAAAUAUUUGUAAAAACUAAAGCACAGACGUCGCUCGACUUUUCGAGGCCCCCUUUGCCACUUUUUGGUUUAGUUCUCACCCACAUUGCAUUAAAUAUCAUAACUCUGUAAAACAUCGCAGCCCCACUGCAGCCCUAGGGGUUGCUGGGCUCACGCCAUGUUUUAUGGUUAAGUGACACUGACAUUAUUUAAAACAGGCGUCUCUUCCUUUCGUUGAUCUCCAAUUACGUGUAGAAUUUUGCAAAGCUAAACAAAAAUAUUUACUAAAAUGCCUUCUUGUAUUAUGAAUGUAUCAAACAUUUUUUGGGGAUCAUGAAAAUUUAAGAGGCGUUAAUCAGCUAUGGAAAAUGCAUACCCUCAAGGGCGCCACAUACGGAAUGAAUUUAGUUCAUGUCCACCUGGUGCGGCGUUAAAAAUGUCUUUGAUCAUUAUUAUGUGGCUAAUUUUGGUGCUUCCCACUGGAAAAUGUGGAAUGUCACCUCAAAAUUAACUAAAAGACACACCAAAUUCAAGUAUGCACCAAAACUACACCCUUGGAUUUUGAAUUUGUGCGACUGUCUUCAGCACCCUCAAUUUAUUCACCCCAUUCCCUCACUCUAACCAAUGUUACAGUAUGAAUUGGAAUAUAAGCUUGUUCCAAAAGAUUACCCUGGGUUAGCCACAACUUGGGUUAAAUUCAAUUUAUGUAUGGCACUGGCACCAAAGUGCCUCCCCAGCAAUGGUCCCUCUAAGGUUUGUUGGUUCGUGUGCAAAAUCAUACAGUUGUGUGCAAAGUUUUACAGCUUCAAUUUUUUUGUGCGCAAAAUUUUACAGCCCACUCAGUUAAAUGGAAAUUUGCUGCGCAGCUUAAAGGGAACAUUGCUCCCCAGACCUUUAAAAAUUACUUUCCCUGCAAAAAAAGAAUAGAAACAUUGAAUUCGACUAUACUCCAAAGAACAUCUCUUGAUUUUGAAAUAAUAAGAAAAAUUCUUGGAAAUAGGCUCCCCAGUCCUCUCUACAGCUCAAGAUUGAUCUUACUUAUGCCUUUUACCCGUCUGAGGCAUAGGCCAUUUACCAACAAUGUUCCAUUCAUCUAAGUCAUGUGCUUUCCUUUUCAGUUGCUUCCAGUUGUAUCCCACACUUUGUGUGUCUGCCUCUAGCUCACGUCCCCAUGAAUUUUUAAGGCCUCCUUUCUUUCUUUUUUCCCGGUGGAUUUCAUGUAAGGGAUUGUCUGGUGAUGUUAUCUGGGGUUUUCGGAGAGUGUGUCAUGUCCACCUUCAUUUUUUUCCUUUAAGUCUUAUUCAAUAAAUUCCUCGUAUGUCCUUUCCAGUAUGUCUUUGUUGGUGAUGAUGUUUAGCCAUUUGAUGUUCAGGAUCUUUCUAAGUUAAGUGUUCACGAAAGUCUGUAUUUUCGCGUAAUUCUCGCUGUUGUUCUCCAAGUUGCAGCUCCAUAGUAGAGCACGCCUAUAAAACUCAAAAUUUAAGGUGGGCCGUAAUACUUUACGAAAAACUUUUGUGGGCCGAAGGAAAAUAGGACAGGGGGGGGGGGGAAACCAUUAAGAAAAUAAUAAUAAAAAAGAAUGUUUCGUUACUUCGUGGGUUGCAAAUUGGGUGCAUGUUAGACCGAAAGAAAAUAGGACAGGGGGGGAAACCAUUAAGAAAAUAAUAAUAAACAAGAAUGUUUCGUUACUUCGCGGGUUGCAAAUUGGGUGCAUGUUGUGCAGGCCUGCCAUAGAAUAGGACUGUUUUGACAUUUGAUUUGAGAUGUCUGACUUUUUAUUGAAGAAUCAGCUCCUUUGACUUCAUAUUUUUUUUUUUUUGUUAGCACAAAUGCUUACCUAGCCUUUCCAAUUCUAGACCUGAUUUUUUGUGAUAUUUGUAUUGAUUUUAUUGAUAUAAAUGAACUGAAGAUUUAUCUGCGACCUCGAUUUCUAUCCUACACACCGAUGAAAAUGGCUGCUAACUUUGGUGACGAUAGAUAGUGACGAAGCUAGUAUUAGUUCUAUCAUAGGCAGCCACAUAUUUUAGCCGCUCUUCCUUUCACGAUACAAACUCUGCAUUUGUCCAAAAAUGACGCAUAUCCAUAUAAAGAAAGAGUGAAACCUGAGUGAACAACCUCAUUCUCCCCUUUCUAUGGCACCGGCAGGGGCGUAACUAGAGUGUUGUGCUUCAGGGGACACGAUUCAUUUUACCCCCCACCCCCUACAACUCUGACACAAAUUAUUUUCAUCUAUUUAAUACUAUCAAAUCAUAUUUUGGUGCCCCUGCUCGUCUGCACCCCGGGGACGUAUGUUCCAUUAGACACCCUUUAGAUACGCCUUUAGACACUGCCCACUGGCAAUUGGCUCUGCCCCCCCUCCCCGAAAAUCUGAAAUGCCCCCUGGGUGUCUAAAUGAAACACGGAUUAUGUCCAAUGAUGUGCUGGUCUUUUAUACCACGUAAUUACAACCAAUGAAGUGCUGGCUGGUCUGUCUCAUAAAAUUGUGGAGCUCAACACACACAAAAAAAGAAUAUCAAAGUUAUUUUACAAAUUUUAAAGGUACAAAAGGACUUUGUCUUAAGGUGUUUGCUUUUUAGAAAUGUCUGCUCUUCUUUCCACCACUUUUGACUGAUGAAAACGAAUCGUAGUUGUAUAAUCUGCAACGUGUGCACGUCUCAUCAGGUCAACUUGCGUGAAGUGAUCUCGCUGACAGAAGAGUCUCCCAGUACGGACCGGAAACUGAAAGGCAUCCUUAAGUCCACCAGCGUACCCACCUUGUCUAGCACCAGAGAGGUCAACACUGUUAGAAACGGGGCGGUCAGACCAGACUUAGUCAACUCACGUAGUGUGUCAUUCAACAAACUCCACACCAAGGUGAGACUAUUCUCAGCAAGUAUCUUAAGUGUCUUCUAAAGAAAUUAAAAUUUCUCACUGAUACGUAUUUAACAUGAUUAAAAAGGAUUCACUUAAAUUUGAAUGUUAUGUCUGUUUAUAAGAAAUUAUGUAUAAUGGGCUAAUAGAAAUAAAUGUAUGUGAAUAAAGCAGCAACGUAUGUGAACAAACAGACUAUAUAUUUAUGUGCUCAUGAAAGCAAUGUAUGUGGACAAACAGAUUAUAUAUAUGUGUGUACAUAAAUGUGUUCAUGGAAGAAACAUAUGGGUCCCAAGAAACAUAUUCUACUCGAAAAAGAACUAUUUUGUUCUCCGUGGUUAUCAAUUAAGUUAUGUAGUUUGAUGGUUUCACACAGACAUGGCGGUCUUAUAUUGACCUUUUGUUAAAUAUCUGCUCUGGUUAUAACAUGGGUUACGUGUAUUUCCUUUGAGACAAAUUUCAUAUUCCGAUAUGAUAUAGGAAUUUCAAAGGAAGAUCUAGUCUGAGCACGAUGGUUUAUAUAAGAACACCCCCACACCCUUUGUUUCGUACAGUUUUGAUUUAUAAAUUGAAUUACAUUUGAAGAAUGUAAGCACAAACAACUCAUAAAAUUAUCAAAUAAAAGUCUACUAAGAGAAAUAAUAUUUUGUUUUUACAGCUAGGUUUUCUAAUUCAAAUUCUGACCAAUGAAAUUGUUGUAAACUUAAAAUUCUAACCAAAAUUCUAAAAUUCUAAUUCAAAAUCAGACCAAUGAAAUGGUUGUCCACUUCAAAUUCUGACCAAUGAAAUGGUUGUCCACUUUAAAUUCCGACUAAUGAAAUGAGAGCACACACACACAAAAAAAACACGCACACUCACAAAACUUCACAGAAAUAAAUUUGUCCAAUUAAUUAUUUUCAUUGAGAGCUUCUGAACUUUUUCAUUGAUAAAUUCAUUAGCAAAUGGGGGAUAAUUAAAAAUCAAUAUCAGAUCUGAUCUUUAUGCCGUCCGUCUUGCAGAUCAAUGCUCGGCUGUGUGCACCAAUAUCUUCAAUUGCUCUGUGCUUGAUUUUCUUUUUGCAUUGGAUUUUUGUGUGAGAGCAAUUUUUUUAAAUUUAUUUAAUUCUCUUAACACUUGAAAUAGAUUUGAUUCAUUUUGGCUCUUAGAGCGCCAUUUUUGCCCAUUCUAAACAGUACGUGACCGGCAUUUUCCAAUUUUUUUUAAAGAUAUAAUAUUGUUUUGUAUGCAUGUAAACUGAUUUAAUAACAUGUGCUACUGUAACAACAAAUGAAUAAUACGGAAUAAACAAAUCUCCUGUCGUCAUAAAGUAUAAAAUUGCUAAUGUGUAUAAAAUAGGAAGCAUUUUGAUAGAGAGUACUGUAUAUACUGUAUAUUUAUUUAAAUCUCUUAACACUUGAAAUGGAUUUGAUUCAUUUUGGCUCUUAGCGUUCCAUUUUUGCCGAUUCUAAACAGUACGUGACCGGCAUUUUCCAAAUUUUUUUAAAAGAUAUAAUAUUGUUUUGUAUGCAUGUAAACUGUUUUAUAACAGGUGCUACUGUAACAACAAAUGAAUAAUACGGAAUAAACAAAUUUCCUGUCGUCAUAAAGUAGAAAAUUGCUAAUGUGUAUAAAAUAGGAAGCAUUUUGAUAGAGAGUACUGUAUAUACUGGCGCAUAGGUUACAACAUGUAAUGGAUAAGUUACAACUGGCAGUGGAUAGGACCCACCAUGCAGUGGAUAGGUCACACAAUGCAGUGGAUGGGCCAAGCCAUGCAGUGGAUAUGUCACGCCAUGCAUUGGAUGGGUCACGCCAUGGGGUGGUUAGGUCACAGCAUGCAGUGGAUGGGUCACAGCAUGCAGUGGUUAGGUCACACCAUAAAGUGGAUAGGUCACACCAUAAAGUGGAUAGGUCACACCAUGCAGUGGAUGGGUCACAUCAUGCAGUGGAUGGGUCACACCAUGCAGUGGUUAGGUCACGCCAUGAAGUGGAUUUGUCACACCAUGCAGUGGAUGGGUCACAGCAUGCUGUGGAUAGGUCACACCAUAAAGUGGAUAGGUCACACUAUGCAGUGGAUAGGUCACACCAUGCAGUGGAUGGGCCACACCAUGCAGUGGCUAGGUCAUGCCAUGAAGUGGAUUUGUCACACCAUGCAGUGGAUGGGUCACAGCAUGCUGUGGAUAGGUCACACGAUGCAGUGGAUAGGUCACACCAUAAAGUUGAUAGGUCACAUCAUGCAGUGGAUAGGUCACACCAUGCAGUGGAUAGGUCACACCAUGCAGUGGAUAGGUCACACCAUGCAGGGAAUGGGUCACAGCAUUUAAGUGGAUACGUCACACCAUGCAGUGGAUAGGUCACACCAUGCAGUGGUUGGGUCACACCAUGCAGUGGAUAGGUCACACCAUGCAGUGGAUGGGUCACAGCAUGCAGUAAAUAAGUCACACCUUUUAGAUGGGUUUGUCAAAGUGGAUAUUAGCGGUUGGACAGUUAAAUGGCCCUUAUUUCACGUAAAUAUAACUAUAAUAUUUGUUCAACAUAAGUAUACAAAAUAUUUCCAUAUCAACUCAAAAACUGAAAGUCAAUCGUCGUCAUAAACAGCAUCAUCUUUGAUAAACAUUUAUUUUUUAAACUGAUUGCCCUCUGCUCUGUUUAAUUGUCAGCUUCCAUAAUGGGACCCGCUUGAGAUCCCUGUGUUGUUUAGUACAUAGGUCGCUCCCUUGAUUUCAUCUAAUGUUUUGGUUUUUCAAAAAAAAACAAAGUGUCAUCUAUUCGCAAGUGUAAACAGAAUAUGACGUUAUUUUUUUUUUUAUAUAAAAAUGACAACAAGCUCAAUUUAUCCCAAAAACCUUUCCCAAACUAAUUAACAUUAUAUCCUAUAUAAUGUUACACUUCAAUACUAACCAAUCUUCCAUUAUACAGCAGUAUGCUGCACGUUUGCAAAUGACCUUCUGUCCACGACCUUCUGUCCAGCAUACUUUCCAUGACCUUCUGUCCAGCAUACUUUCCAUGACCUUCUGUCCAGCAUACUUUCCACGACCUUCUGUCCAGCAUACUUUGCACCCACCUUCUCUCCAGCAUACUUUCCACGACCUUCUGUCCAGCAUACUUUGCACCCACCUUCUCUCCAGCAUACUUUCCACGACCUUCUGUCCAGCAUACUUUGCACCCACCUUCUCUCAAGCAUACUUUCCACGAACUUCUGUCCAGCAUACUUAGCACACUGUCUCCGAACUUAAAGUUUCCUAGUGCUUGACUAAACUUGUCUUUUAACUUUAUGUUGCUGUGUCAUUACAAUGUAAUGUAUCGCAAAAAUAUCCUUUCGAAUUUUCAGGGCAAUCUAAUGCAAUGAUCACGUUCCCAGUAUCUCCAGCGCAUUAAACAGACAGAGCAGCAAUACUAUCAUUUUAUCAGUUUAUCAGAGGGAAGACUUUAUGGCGCUAUUUCUAAAAAAAACUGUUUAAAUGAGAACAUAAUAUUUUGAAAUAUCUGAAGAAAUAAUAAGUAGAAGAACGAAUAAACAGAAGAAGUGGUAGUUAGAAGAAAGAACAGUUCUCAAAAAGAUAAUUUCGAUCGCUUUUUUUAAAUUUUUUGGUUUUGUUUUGUGCAGUUACCAUGGGGAUGUUGUGUGUAAUGUAAUGUACGUGUGGUUCUUCGGCAUAGACCGGCAAGGGUUAACUGAUCAGCGCUAAACGCUCACUGAACGCGGACUUCACCACUGGCAUUCCCAUAAACAGUUACACCAGAAAUAAAUAGCAAAUGCUUCAAAGUGCCUCAGUGCAACACAGUGCAGUAUCAAGAAUCUUUCUUCCCACGCACAAUUAUACCAUGGAACCACCUGAACGAUGCCACUAUGAACUCGACAUCGGUCGAAAGCUUCAAGGCUGCCCUGGCAUCAGCUAUGAGCUGUUAGAAUAGCAACAUCAUAUCCCCAACCGUUGCAAAGAUGCCAGUACAUGGAUGCAGCAACGAAACAUUACCAGAACCAGAACCAGAACCUAUAAACUAUUAGACAUGAUCGCUGUACAAACUAUUUCACAGUUCGUCAUAGCAAGCUUUUGGUUUUUUUGUUUAACACAAAUUUAAAUAGUCGUAGAGAAAAGGAGCGCUGGGAAUUUUGUUUCUAUCUUCAAAAAGUGUCCGUGAAUUUUUCUUGAACAUUUUAGAGGAGGUGGGGCUGGGUGGUGUUAGUGGAGUGAAAUCAAUAAAAAGCUGGGUGGUGGCUACUGUGGGGUAAAUUCUUCCGUAGCUAAAUUUGCUUUAUUUUAUUUUUUAAUAAAGUUAUGCCCGGGAUGAACCACUGCCUCCGCAAGGCACUUUCCUACGGGAUGGUCAGCAGGGCCGCCUGAACAUCAGCUGGGUCCCUGUGCAAAGGAAUUUAACGGGCCACCUACGCAAGUAAUUUUAGGGAUUAAAGUAUACAUAUUUAAACAUUUUGGCCCCUGAGAAGGGCCGAGGUGCAAUGCAUGUGCAACUGAUGAGAAAGAGUCUAACUCCCUGGGCAGUGGCUGGGUGUAAUGCGUGUGUGACUGAUGACAUAGAGCCUAACGCCCCUAGGCAGUGCCCAGGUGUAAUGCAUGUGGAACUAAUGACAUAGAGUCUAGAGUAUAUUGCCCUGCCACCACAUUAAAGAAUGCGUUAUCUUACAUUGGAACAAAUGCGUUUCUUGUUUUUUCUUCUUUCCUUUUUCAAUAACUAUAACUAUAGUCUCGUUUACAAGUUAAACUCACGUUUGUGAAACUGUUAAUUUGCAUGUCAUUAAAACGUCAAGAAGACGAGACAGCCACCGCUCAAUCCCCGUGAUUACAGACGAUGAUACUUGUAAAUGUUCCACUCGUCUACUUCCCUUCAUGACAUUCCCAAAUGUCGAUGCCCAAUCAAUGAACCCGAUGACCUGCAGACAUUCGAUCACCAUCAAAUACCUCACGUGACGUAAUCGGAUGCGCAACACUCCACGCCUCACUACUCACACGAGUUAUCUUCUCAUCAGGCCCCCCAUAACGUGAUACGCGGGUCACGUGUUUUAAAAUCUACGUCACAUGGGCUGCGUGUGUUAAACUCUCUGUUACACGAGUCACGUGUGUUAAACUCUAGGAUACAUGUCCAACGCAUGUUAACAUCUAUGUCACGUGGGUCUGCCAACUAAUUUGGCAUGCUCAGACUCAUUGAUGUCAGAUUUUCAACAUUGGCUUCUAAUCACGUGAUAUUAUAGUCAUUAUAUGCUCCUCUCUGGUUCUGUGUGUGUGUGUGUGCGAACCUCUGUCCUGGACCAGACCGUCUGGUAGAGGCGUAGCGACAGUGUUUGGCGCCCGGGGACAAGAUUCGCGCCCAGGGACAAGGUUCAUUUUAAAGCGCCCCCUUUUCUUUUUGCAUCUCUCAAACCCGUUAUUUUGAUCAAUAAAAUAAUAUCAAAGCACAUUUUGGCACCCCUAACUAGCUGGCGCCCGGGGACAAGAUUUGCACCCAGGGACAAGGUACAUUUAAAGCGCCCCCUUUUCUUUUUUCAUCUCUCCAACCCAUUAUUUUUAUCAAUAAAAUAAUAUCAAAGCACAUUUUGGCGCCCCUAACUAGCUGGCGCCCUGUGACAUCUGUCCCCCCUCCCUUCACUACGCCUCUGCCGUCCGGUACCGUAGACCCAUGUAUAGUUACAAAACCCCGCAGUCUAGCUUGUAUCACGUGUGUGCUCCUCCGUCCUGCCUGGACUGCAUUGACCUGCGUUUGGCUGAUUCAACCCUCUUAACUCGUAUUGAUGUCCCUAUAAAGCUUUUUUUUCAAAUUACAUUUAGAUCGAUUUCUCUAGAUGACCGCCGGCUCCACCACCUACACGCUUACCCUCCCCCAACUACCUACACUCAUCCACGCACGCGCGCAACAUCACCCCCUUCAUGCACGCCGUAAUGUAUUUUUGAUUUCAACUCGUGAUGGCGAUCUCAGAUUAAGAUUCGAUUACUUCAGUGCAAACAUGUCCAAACGUGCGAUACUUGGUGCAAGAUAUUUCCGUUGGUCAAGAAUCGAUUACUUCGGUACAAAGAUGACCGAAUUGAUAUUAUUUGAUGGGCUAGUUAAUUCAAUUGGACAAGAUUCGAUCUCUUCAAUAACAAACUUAACCCAAAAAAACAACUUUGAGAGGUUGUUUUUUGUUUUUGUUUUUUUUUAAGCUCUUACUUGAGUAGAAUAAGAUUCGAAUACUUCAAUGAAAACAUGACCAAUCGUAGUAAUCUUCUGGUAGCUAAUGCAGUAGGACUUUGGAACAUAUGUCAGACUGGAGAUAUUUAUGGGUAGGUCUCUACACAGUAAAUGUCUCAUUGCCUCUAGGAUUGCGAGAAUUCCUGCUGUUAAAAAAAACAACAUACAUGUCUGCAUACGUGCGGCGAGCCAUCCUCUACUUACAACAUGCGAACAUCAAUGACCGCACUUACUUUUGAUUCUCCCCGGCAACGUUUCUAUUUCCAUAUGACUUGAUGACUCAGCAUAAUAUUCACGGAUCGAUACGCAGACGUAAACCAGAUAUCAUACAUUCUUAAACGCGCCGUGUUUUAUUUUCAAAGAAAGUGUAGGCCGGUGUCAUGUGUUCAAUUAAAGUAGGCCUAAAUCAACGCUUUUAUGCCACGGCUCACCAAAUUCUUGAACUAUCUAAAUUAUGUUUACUGCAGACAUUUAUAAUCAAGGUGUGUGCCUUAUCAAGGUUUAUCAAGGUUUAUCAAGGUUUAUCAAGGUUUAUCAAGGUUUAUCAAGGUUUAUCAAGGUUUAUCAAGGUUUAUCAAGGUUUAUGCCUUAACAAAGUUUAUGCUUUAUCAAGAUUUGUACUUCAAUAAGAUUAAAGCUGUAUCAAGGUUUAUACUUUAUCAAGGUUUGUACUUUAUCAAGGUUUAUGAUUGAUCAAGGUUUAUACUUUAUCAAGGUUUAUACUUAUCAAGGUUUAUACUUAUCAAGGUUUAUGAUUUAUCAAGGUUUAUGAUUGAUCAAGGUUUAUGCUUUAUCAAGGUUUAUGCUUUAUCAAGGUUUAUACUUAUCAAGGUUUAUACUUAUCAAGGUUUAUACUUAUCAAGGUUUAUGAUUUAUCAAGGUUUAUACUUAUCAAGGUUUAUGAUUUAUCAAGGUUUAUGCUUUAUCAAGGUUUAUACUUAUUAAGUUUUGUACUUUAUCAAGGUUAUUUAUUUAUCGAGGUUUAUAAUUUAUCAAGGUUUAUGAUUUAUCAAGGUUUAUCCUUGAUCAAGUUUUAUACAUUAUCAAGGUGCAUACUUAUCAAGGUUCAUGAUUGAGGAAGUUUUAUGUUUUAUCAAGGUUUAUACCUUAUCAAAGUUAAUAUUUUAUCAAGGUUUAUGAUUGAUCAAGGUUUGUGCUUGAUCAAGGUUUAUACUUGAUCAAGGUUUAUACUUUAUCAAAGUUUAUACUUAUCAAGGUUUAUGAUUGAUCAAGUUGUAUGCUUUAUCUAGGUUUAUACCUUAUCAAGCUUAAUACUUUAUCAAGGUUUAUGCUUUAUCAAGGUUUAUCAAAAUGUAUGCUUUCUCGUAGUCUUUAUCAAGGUUUAUGCUUUAUCAAGGUUUAUCAAAAUGUAUGCUUUCUCGUAUUCUAUGCUCUAUCAAGUUUUAUGCUUUAUGCUUGUGCUUUAGGUUUGUGCUUUAACGAAGUUUGUUGAAACCCUAUCUAAGUCAGAUUUCAUUGAAAUAUAUUAUGUUCAGUAUUAAAUGUUACGCAUAUUCCAAGUCAGUUUUGAAACCUGACUUUCAUUCUUUAUGACUUGGAGCACAUCUAAGUCACGGCUUAGUGAAGUCGCGCCUUGAAUUCCUCUCCUGUUCAGUGCCGACAACUCUUGGUCCUUUUGCAUUCCCCAGAACACGUUCAGUUACUACAACGCAGCCUUUGAAGGGGAGAUAAUCACCGAGCCGAGCAAACGACCCAGUCUCGCCGAUGUUGUUAGUAAGUUGCAACAGUUGUCGUCCCCGUAUAAAUUUAUGAUAAUGAGCAUUGCUUUUCAUCUGUUUAACCAUGAGACUUAAAACAAAACAAAAAACAAAAAAUAUAUUGUAGCCAUUGUUAUUCUCCGUGUCCUCAAUGAACAAUUCGUUUGGAUUUCACGAGAUGCUAUUGCCUUAUGCCUUAAAAAGUGCCCCAGUCUACAGAGUGGCGUAGCUAAGUUUCGAGCCUCUAAGGGUGGGCCAUGACUUUUUUUGGUGUGGCCAAGGAGCUUAAGGCCAAGCUAAAAUCAUCACCAGCCUUUUAUGCAUGAAAAAGAAUCUGCAGUUGGCUGAAGCUGCCACCCUUCAAUAUAUAGAAAUAAAAUACCGCGAGAGAGGACCGGGCCUCAGCACCCACCUUCCACCCCCUCCUAUUUAGUUCAUAUGAGUUGCUUCAGCUAAAAUUUACAUUUACUUGAGUCCAUAUGUUUUAAUAGGGAGCUCGACUGCCUUUAAGUAUUUGUAAAUCUCCAAUUUAAGGGGCUCUUAACAUGUUUAAAGUAAUAGAAACUCGUUCUAGCCCUCCUACAUAAUGCAGUGAUAUUUUUUAAAUAUCUAUUUUAUUCUCUAUACAAAAAAGGAGGGCUUAUUCGCGAACAGCCUUGACCCUUGGUUCUGAGUAAAAACAUGGUUAUUGAGAAUCAGAAUUUAAUCAAAUUUGAACUCAGUGAUAAGCCUCACAAAUAUUUGUUUGUUGUUCUCCAGUCUGGUAAAGUACAUUUUUUUUCGCCUCCGCCUGUAAAGGUCACAUCAUGAGGCAAGGCUCCAUCGUUGAGAUGGAAGAUGACAACAGCCACCCUUACGGCCGGGACACCAGCCUGACGGAUCUCAUCACCGGGAAGCGGAGGGACAGCUACAACAUGGACGCCGGCAAGAUGAUCGUUUGGCUGGUCUUGGCCAUCAUGAUCGUCAGUUUGGCUGGCGGGAUCAUUUUCAUGUCAGGUUAGUUUGGCCGGUGGGGGUCAUUUUCAUGUCAUUUCUGUUUGGUUGGUGUGGGGGGGGGGGUCAAUUUCAUGUCAGGUGAAUUUAGCGAAUGUUAUCAUUUUCAUAUCAGGUGAAGUUGAGUCAUCGUAUUAUUUUUAAUGUUGGUUUGAUUUUGGCUGGUUUACUUAUUUUAGGGGUGUCAUGUUAGUCCUAGUCUAGUCGGUUUGUCUUGUUUAUAACAUUAUAGUCUAAUAACCAAUUUCGCUGCAUUUCAGCAUCACUGUGUUCAGUCCCGCUAUAUUAGGCCAGUGUUGUUUAGCUGGUAAAAUCUUUCUUCUUGCCAUUCAGCUCGGUUUAUUAAUUAAAUUUAUUUUUUCUCUCUGAUUUUUCGUUGAAUACUUCACAUGGAGCUUCCAUCUUGUUUAUGAAAAGUAAAGUAAAGCAAAAAUAUUAGACUUUAAAACCAACCAGCGUAUGUUGUCGGAUUGUUACAUAUUUCUAUUUUGAGCCUUUGAAAAUUCCUGAUUCCUUCUAUUCAAUAUAUCACCCAUGAAAAGACACAUAGCUUGUACCGGUAUUUGAUAAUUUAUUUUUCAGUUUCCUGGAUUUUAAGAUAAUUAAUUUUUUAAGUGUCAAUAUUUAGUUAUUCUAUAACAUGCUAAGCUUUGAACUGUCAAAAAUAUCCGUCAUUUUGAGAACCACUGCAUUAUAAAAAAAAAAAAAACACACAAAAAAACAAUAUCUUCACUUUUGUGACAGCGAAUGACACCUUGGGCCCUUGCGCAGGUAAAACUAAGGAGACACUGCUGUCAGAUAAUAGAAAAACAAUCGCAUUCUUAUCACUGGGUCUAAAGGGCAAACUCUGAGGUUGGGCAUGGAUAGUGUGGAACGGGUUGGACUAGGUGUGGAAGGGGUUGGGCUAGGUGUGGAAGGGGUUGGGAUAGGUGUGGAAAGGGUUGGGAUAGGUGUGGAAGGGAUUGGUUUAGGUGUGGAAGGGGUUGGGCUAGGUGUGGAAGGGGUUGGGAUAGGUAUGAAAGAGGUUGGGUUAGGUGUGGAAGGGGUUUGGCUAGAUGUGGAAGGGGUUGGGCUAGGUGUGGAAGGGGUUGGGCUAGGUGUGGAAGGGGUUUGGCUAGGUGUGGAAAGGGUUAGGCUAGGUGUGGAAGGUUAUGGGUUAGGUGUGGAAGGGGUUGGGAUAGGUAUGGAAGGGGUUGGGCUAGGUGUGGAAAGGGUUAGGCUAGGUGUGGAAGGUGUUUGGUUAGGUGUGGAAGGGGUUGCGCUAGGUGUGGAAAGGGUUAGGCUAGGCGUGGCUAAGGAGCUUAAAGCCAAGCUGAAAUUAUGACCAGCCUUAUGCAUGGCUGAUAUUUAUGAUAAUUAUUUACAAGUAUCAUAAUUAUUAGGAAAGAUUAAAUUUAAUUUCAACAUCUAAGCUGAUUUUUCAAAUCAUUCCUUAAACUUGGUUCAUGAACAAUAAGACCAUAAACUUUUCCCAUGAACUUUGUUUGUCAGGGCCAUAACCAUACAAUUCCUUUCAUGUGCCAUAGUUGUGGCAUGAUGAGUUGUUAGUUUAUUUAUGAUUGAUCAAGGAUAGGGAACUUUUUUCUUGGUUGAGAUUGAGGUGUUAGAAGUAUUUUAAAUGAUUCAAUGAUGAAUCUGUUAAUACUUAGAUGAAACUCAAAUUUUGUUGUCUUUUCAGAAACUUAUAACAUGAACCAUAAAAAUGAUGAUAUCUCAACAACGGUUGAAACAACAACACUGACAAGGUUGUACAGAUGAUUGUGUGCGACAUCUG